GACUGUAAAUAGGAACCAAUGGCAGGCGGGGGGCGGGUAUAAAAAGCCCAGAGCCGCUUUAAUCCGCAGCAGCAGCAGCAGAACCGGAUCCGCUUCAGACCACAUCCCAGACCGAGCAGACAGGUCAGCAGGACGUCACCAUGCCUUUCGGAAACACCCACAACAAGCUGAAGAUGAACUACUCCGCUGAGCAGGAGUACCCCGACCUCAGCAAGCACAACAACCACAUGGCCAAGGUCCUGACGCCCGAGAUGUACGCCAACCUGCGCGAUAAGGAGACGCCCAGUGGCUUCACGCUGGACGACGUCAUCCAGACCGGCGUCGACAACCCAGGUCACCCGUUCAUCAUGACAGUCGGCUGUGUCGCUGGAGACGAGGAGACGUACGAGGUGUUCAAGGACCUGCUGGACCCGGUCAUCGAAGACCGCCACGGAGGAUACAAACCGACAGACAAACACAAGACGGACCUGAACUCUGACAACCUGCAGGGUGGAGAUGAUCUGGAUCCAAACUAUGUCCUGAGCUCCCGGGUCCGGACCGGUCGGAGUAUCCGUGGGUUCUGUCUGCCACCUCACUGCAGCCGUGGAGAACGCCGCGGCAUUGAGAACCUCUCCAUUGAAAGUCUGGACAGCCUGGAUGGGGACCUUAAGUGGAAGUACUACGCUCUGAACAUGACGGAAGAGGAGCAACAGCAGCUCAUCGACGACCACUUCCUGUUCGACAAACCCGUGUCCCCGCUGCUGCUGGCAUCCGGGAUGGCCCGUGACUGGCCCGAUGGCCAGGGGCAAUGGCACAACGACAAUAAGACCUUCCUGGUUUGGGUGAACGAGGAGGAUCAUCUGAGGGUCAUCAGUAUGCAGAAAGGCGGAAACAUGAGGGAGGUGUUCACCCGUUUCUGCACCGGACUCACUAAGAUCGAGGCCCUGUUCAAGGAGCGAGGUCACGAGUUCAUGUGGAACGAACACUUGGGCUACGUCCUCACCUGUCCGUCCAACCUGGGGACAGGGCUGCGUGCAGGGUGUGCAUGUCAAACUGCUAAUCUGAGCAAACACGACAAGUUCGGAGAGAUCCUGAAGAGGCUGAGGCUGCAGAAGAGAGGCACAGGGGGUGUGGACACAGCAGCCGUGGGCGGAGUCUUUGACAUCUCCAAUGCUGAUAGGCUGGGCUUCUCAGAGGUAGAGCUGGUCCAGAUGGUGGUGGACGGAGUCAAUCUGCUGGUGGAGAUGGAGAAACGUCUAGAGGGCGGGGACGCCAUCGAUGACCUGAUGCCCGAACAGAAGUGAACUGUGACCUCUGACCCUGACACCGAACCUACCGACCUACACACCUAUCCCCACUGACCCCCGACCCCACCCCCCCCCCCCCCAGGUAAACCAGAUCCGUCCUGAAGCCAAAGGACGACGUUUAGAGCCGAACACUUAGACCUCAGUCUUCCACCGAGAGAAGGACUUUAUAUUGUUGGACCCGUCUAACACCUGAAAAAUAAUCAUAAUAAAGUCUGUGUGGACCUGACUAAACGCUGCAGCUCACUGUCUUCAUUUAUCACCUCACAUAUCUAAUAAUAAAGUCUGUGUGAACCUGA